AAUAAGCUUGUAACUCUGACGAGUGGGAGCAGAUACUACUACGAUCUUCUUUUCCUAUUCUUUGGUAAACAAUAUCAGCAUCCCGACCAUAUGACACAACUGUUUGAGCGAGAAGAUAAUUACAAUGCAACGCCACAUUAUACGCCAUUAGACAAGCCCAGAUUCAGUGAUACGGAGAUUCAGAUAACCAACGAUGAUACACCGGACAAUGUGUUCAUUAUAAACAACGUCGUCGAGGCCAAUAGGCCUUUGAAUUAUCUACAAAAUGCCAUUGUUGAUAGAAAUAAUAAAGUAAUAGUUUACGGAGCUACCAUACACGCUUACUUGUGCAUCAAUGCACUUUUGGAGUUCAGAAUACGUCCCGAGAACAUAAUAUUUGUGGAACCCUUCCCUUAUGAAAAUCCAAAUAAGACUAGAGUACCGGUGUUCGAUAACGUCUAUGUGGAUAAAACGGUGAUACAGAUCUUGGAAUCUUUAAAAAUAAAAGUGUAUCGAUCCUUCUACUUCAAGUCAUGGUCUGUGACAGUUGACAAUCUGAUAACUCAUGCGGACUUCUUGUCGUAUUCCGACUAUCUGAAUUUGGAGUGCGAUGCGCUGUUCUAUUUCGGAAAAGUAGGAGUCAAUAUGAGUACUUUUAUAGCGAUUCACAAAAGCGGUCUAGCAUAUGACGCGGGUAUUGUAAUAGACCACGAGUUCCGCACAUUGGACCCGCACGUGUAUGCCGCGGGUCCCUGCACGCGCUACCACAAGCGGUACUACGCUGACUCCAAGAGUCAUAAGUAUUAUGAGAGCUCCGAGCUUGGGGAAAAGUUGGGUAUUCGAAUUAGAAAGCAAUUGGACCCGCUCUUCGUUGAAGCGAAUUCGCCGUUUACUUAUAGAUGGUCACAAGAUUAUAUGGUGAAACCUGAUGCUGCUGCUGAAAAGUCGGUCACCUCCUUAAACAAAACUGGCGUUCUCCACGGCAGUGACUUUGCUAGGCCCGAGAUGGCGCUGAUGUCGCUAACAAAGCCUACAGUCAUGUAUUGUGUGCUGCCCGGAGGACUCAAGUACUUGGAAGUACGCUCGCCGGGGAAGAAGAUUCCACAUCAUUAUGUGCAAUCUUUAGAAUAUAACGGAUACGUAUUCGAGACGUUCAAAUCAGGUUACUUCAAGCUCCACUUGAAUAAGGACAUGAUUGUGGAUGGAAUCACUUGUCUAAGCCAGGGCAAGUUCUCUCUAGAAAACUUCAAGCAUAUCUACGGGAGACCAGCGUCAGAGCUGAAUAAUUUGCACUUGAGAUAUAUGACAAACCAAUUGGAUAACUUCUUCGAAUUCUUCCGUGCUUCGUGGGCUUUCUUCUUGUAUCACGACCACGCCGAUGACCUGUUUGCGAUGAUAAAACAACUGUUCCCCAAGGGACAAAAUAAAGGAUUGACUGUCAAAGAAGCAUUAUGUGAAGUUGGCAUGCGGCUUACCGACUCUACCUCGACAGUAAAAAAGAUGGAUCAGAAGAUGGUAAUUCAAGCGAACUUCGCGAAGUCGCCACACAUAGAGGCGGUGACAGACUUUGUGAUAGAUUGGCUGUCACAACACGAUGUGCUGUUGCCGAUGUACCUACAACCAGGCCAGACUGUGUUGUAUGAUAGAGUAUUAGACACUGCCCACCCGGUAGUAAAGAGGAGGAGGACGUUGCCUCAAAUGCUGUUUUAAAUUGUAUUUUUUAUAUCAGUGAUGUUUUAAUGAAUAAAUAUGUUAU